AAGACAGCAUAAUCUAGUACAGUAAUCUACUGCUGCUAUUGGAAUAGCAGACGAUUAUUUAGAAUGGACAUCUACAUUAGAAUAUGUUUUAUCAUUGCGUUAUGCCUAGGUUUCUCUCAAUCCUGUUACAUCGAGAUUAAAAAUGAAGGCGACCUCGAUUUCUCAUCGAUGAUCGAAACCGCUGCCCCUGUCCCGCUAACGAGAUGGUUUGGGAAAGUUAAAAAGGAAAGAUGCGCGAUCGCGAAGCGGCUAAAUCCAAGACUCACAACUGAAUUAGAGUUUAAGGAAAUGAACCUUUUUGAUGAAGAGAUACAGGUUUAUGUCAACAAACGUUUCUACUGGAAGUCCUGGGAGUUGAUGCGUUCAUUCAAUUCAUCGUUCGGUAACAAUACGAAGUUGGUUUUCAACGGCUACAGAGCUGUGAAGAUUGUGGGAAGCAAGAAAGACCAGUUUAAGUUGAAUUAUAAAAGUUCUUACUGCCCGGUACCCGAGUCAGUUAAAGUUGACAGUUGCACAAAGAAACGCAACAAAGGUUCAACUUGCAGUUUCAAAUGCAACGUCCCGGAAUACGUGUCGUUAAAUAAAGACAAGAAAGCGUUCAGAGUUAAAUGCAGACGAAAUUUUACUUGGACUCUAGAUAGCAGUCACAAAUGCAUUUCAUUAGCAAAAGUUAUCGACUUAUGUUUGUCAAAGUACUCAAUAGAGGAGGAAUGCCCAUUUGGUAUUGAUCACUUGGUGACGCUCUUCCCAGAACCCGAAAUUACAGAUAAUUCUCCGAUCGGACUUGUGGAAUUCCUAGCUGGAGCUACAAGGGAGAUGCAUAAAGACAUCGAUUGGAAACUCGACAGUUCCAUUUCCGCCCGUGCUUAUCGCCCAGGAGACGAUUGUUAUAAGUUUUGCCUACGUAGUAAAGCGACUAGUGUAUACAUGACGUCAUGUGGAAGUCCUGAUUUGAGCGCUACUGACAAAGAAAAAUGUGUAAAAUGUCGAUAUAUAAAAAAGAUUUGCGACCGAAGGUCGGUUUUUGCAUAAAGAGAAUACUGAGAGAAAGAUUUUGUCCUGGUGAAUCAAUCUAUUUCAAACCUGAAUAACUAAAUAAGUUUUUAUUGCAUGAUUUACUCUAAUAAACUACAUUUAUUAUCUA